AUGGUGGUAAAACACCGUCAACAAGAUGUUGUCACUAGAGAUGCAAUUGAAAACGAUACAAUUUCUUCAGUUGCUGCCAAAUAUUGGGCACCAUUUACAAGUGGAAAACAUGAAAAAUAUGACCCAAAAUUGGUUGAAGUAAUUUAUCAAAAUGAAAUGGUUAAUACACAGUUCAAUCCACGGAAAAUUGUUAUGCUUGAAUUCAGUCAAUACCUUGAAUGUUACUUGUGGCCAAAUUAUGUUUCGCCAGCUUCGAAAGCAUAUAAUUUGUCGAUUAUAAUGAUGGUCAAUGAAAAAUUCCGUGAAAGAACAGAUGCCUGGCAGAUAUUCACAGAAAACCCGAAACAAUUUCCUGAGUUUUUCCAUAAUGUCCUAUUGUUGGCAUUAGAUGAAAAAAAUGAAACAAGUUCCUCCGAGCAGUGCGCAAUUUUAACGUUUUUAGUGAAUGCCUUCAAUUCAGUGGAAGUUGACAUCGUUCAUCAACAAACCAGAAAGCUAACCUCAAUUGAAAUUUGGGAAAAUUUGCUGGAAUCACAACGACAAGAUCUUUUCAAGAAGCAAAAGAAGCUCAAAAAAGUGUGGGAAGUUGUUACGAAAAAGUAUAUGAUCCAGGACGAAAAAGAUAACGGUCGAGGAAAAUUUGAGCGAAAUUUUCUUUGGGCUCUAAUAGAAAAGUUCAAGAAAACGUUAAAUUCAAUUGAUGAUGAAACACAAGAAUUGGACAUCGACGCCAUUCGUUAUUGCGAAAGAUUCAUUGAACUCAUGAUUGAUUUAGAAUCGCUUCUACCCACACGACGAUUUUUCAACGCAGUUCUUCAUUCGUCACACAUUUUGCCGCAUUCAAUUCUCUCAAAAUUGAUUUCUACUGAAGCUGGAUCCUUGUUUUGUCAGCUAGUUGAAUUGCUCAAAUUUUAUGCGCGAUUCGAAAUUGACGAAUUCACUGGACGACAACUUUCGCAUAAAGAAGUAUCUCAAGAACACUAUGGAAACGUCACCAAACUUCAAAAAGCUGCGUUCAGAUAUUUUCAUGAUACAAUGAAGGAUUUUUAUGUUCUCAAUGUGAGCGCUGUUGACACUAGAAGAGCACUCGUGAAACAGUUUUCGAAAAUGAGUCACUCUGAUGUUUACCGAUUUGCUGAAUACUUACAUCUGGUGCCAUCGUUCGGAGAAUCAGAAGAAGAGCAAAUAAAAAAUCUGGAGAAGUAUUCUCUAACGUUUUUGACCGAGGCUAUAACGUUGGCUUGUGAGAGGCGACCGAAUCAAUUAACCCAAUUGAACGAGAAGCCGUUGUUCCCCACCGAAAAGCUAAUAUGGGAUGAAAAUGUUGUUCCAUAUGAACACUAUAGCGGCGAUGGUGUUCUUGCUCUCGAUAAGCUUAAUCUACAGUUUUUGACACUUCAUGAUUAUCUGUUGCGCAACUUCAAUUUGUUUCAGCUGGAAUCUACUUAUGAAAUUCGGCAAGAUCUUGAAGAUGUUCUGUUCAGAAUGCGCCCGUUCGCUCAUGAAACCACACAAGAAACGGUUUUCGCUGGAUGGGCUCGAAUGGCGUUGCCAAUUGAGAAUUUUCAAAUUUCGGAAGUUGCCAAACCGUUGGUUGGUGAGAAAUCCCCUGCGAUUGUUCGCGCUGUCCUCACAGUUAAUAUUGGAAAGCGGUAUGAUAUUCGCGAAGAGUGGGAAAAUCUUCGCAAACACGAUGUCUGCUUUUUGGUAUCCUGCCGUUCGAAGAAAUCGGCUGGAGCAAAAUUUGACAUUCGGAAAAAAUUUUCCGAGCAAAUCGACGUUACUAGUGUCCGCGGAUGUGAUAUUGAAGGUCUUCUUGACAAUGAUGGCUUAUUGAUUGAAGAAUUUGAUAUGCAACAUAAAAAACAAACCUUGAAAGGAGAUAUUCGUAAGUAUCGAGUUCUGCUGGAUCCAAAUCAGUAUCGAUUGGAUAUGGAACAUGUUGCGGAGAAAGGUGCAGAAGAUGUUUAUCACACAUUUAACCUCGUUGUCAGACGGGAUGCAAAAGCGAAUAAUUUCAAGGCGGUUCUUCAAACGAUUCGCGAACUUUUGAACACGGAAUGCGUUGUUCCUGAUUGGCUGACGGAUGUUAUUCUUGGAUACGGAGAGCCGGAUAGCGCACACUAUUCGAAAUUGAGCAGCGCAGUUGCCGAACUUGAUUUCAACGACACUUUUCUUUCGUUUGAUCAUGUAAAAAACUCAUUCCCCAACUAUAAUGUGGUUGCCGCUGAUGAGGAUUUGUCGAAAAUGGUUCCACCGUUCAAAUUGGCAUUCAAGGAUCUCGACCAUCGGCAUGAUGUUGAAGUUAAACCAAACGAUUCGAAGACAAUUAUCGUGACGCCGUUGGUUCGAAGAAAAAUAACACCAUAUGAAUAUACGCCAAAUAGGAAUGAAGUGAUGUUCACUCCCUCGCAAAUCGAGGCUAUUAAGUCUGGAAUGCAACCUGGACUCACGAUGGUUGUUGGACCGCCAGGAACUGGUAAAACUGAUGUCGCGGUGCAAAUCAUUUCGAACAUUUAUCACAAUUGGCCUAAUCAGCGAACGUUAAUUGUUACCCACUCAAAUCAGGCGCUUAAUCAAUUGUUUGAGAAGAUUAUUGCUCUUGAUGUCGAUGAGCGACAUUUGCUUAGAUUAGGACACGGCGAAGAAAGUCUCGAAACCGAAAAAGAUUUUUCGCGUUACGGUAGAGUGAACUUUGUUCUCAAAGAACGAUUGAGACUACUCGCCGAUGUCGAAAAACUCGGCGCUGCUUUGAAUAUUGUUGGCGAUGUGGCAUACACGUGCGAAAACGCUGGAUAUUUCUUCCGAUUUUCGGUGUGCCGCGCAUGGGAAGAAUUUUUGACAAAAAUGACGGCCAAGGGAACCAAACAGGUCGAGGGGCUCGUCAAGGAAGCAUUUCCAUUCACGGCAUUCUUUAGUGAUAUCGAAAACUUGUUCAAUGGCGACAAUUCGGCAGAUAUGCAAGUGGCUCAUGCUUGUUGGCAGCGUUUGAGCUACUGA